CCCAGCGUAACCCUGAGUGUUUGGAAAUUCCUUGUCACUAAAGUAGCCUCAAAUUACAAGUAGUCAAAUUAAACAGCCGUGCGCUUAUUAGACGAAAAGGUGCAGCUCCGUUUGGGCGAACAUAAGCUGAAGCUGACAUUUCAGAAGAGAUGUCCUCCCAAGUCAUACUGAGGCUGCUGCCCAGAGCCAGAUGCAUGUUUGAUGAGCCUGUUCAGGUGACAGUGUCAGGGCUGAGGGCGAGACAGGUGGUCACCAUGAGAGCCAGGUCAACUGACGAGAAAGGAGUGGAGUUCAGCUCCUCGGCCACCUACAAGGCUGAUGGGAACGGGGAGAUCAACCUGGAGAGAGACCCCUCACUCAGUGGGAGCUACGUCGGGGUUGAACCUAUGGGUCUGCUGUGGUCGAUGAGGGCAGAUGUCUUGCACAAAAGGUUUCAAAAAACCAAAUCAUUAAACCCCCACGUAGUAAAGUUCUCUGUGCAUGAGGAGGAGGGGGAGGGCAGGAUGCUGGCAGAGGCGACCAAUGAGAGGCUUGUGAUGGGAGACGGGGUGAGCCGGCGUCCUGUCAAAGAGGGGAAUAUUCGUGGAGUCCUGUUCACUCCCCCAGGAGGAGGUCCGUUCCCUGCUGUGUUGGAUCUGUACACUUUUGGUGGAGGUUUGUCAGAGAAAAGGGCCUCUCUGUUGGCCAGCCGUGGAUUUGUGGUGAAGCGUCAUGGGAAGCAGAACUUUGAGAGUGUGUGUUACCCUGGAGCAGGACAUUACCUCGAGCCGCCUUAUGGACCCUACUGCCCCUCCAGUUUUCAUGGGGUUGUAGGAAAGCCAGUCCUGUGGGGGGGUGAGCCCAGGUCCCACGCUGCAGCUGAAGUCCAACUGUGGAAGAAGAUCCAGGAGUUCUUCACAACUCACCUGAGCUGUGAUGCUGCACAGACUAAAGCCAAAUUAUAGAUACAAAUGUCAUAAUAUGGAAGACAUAAGAGAUAAAUCACCAGCCAAAUAACUGUGAAUAAUCAUAUAUGAAUGCUGUGGAAUGAAGCAAAUGAUUUAAUAUUUGAUUGAUGAUUGAACAUUUCAUGUAUUUAACAAUAAUGACCAAUCACAGCAUGAUGCAGAAAUGCUACUGUACGCUGAGAACAAAUGCAAAGACUUUUGUGUUUCACUCAAAGCGAUAACUGACCUUUCAAAGUUUGAGAAUAGAAAGAGAAAUUGACAAACUCAAAUGUGAAAAAUUAAAAGUCUAAUAUGAAAGUGGCAGUUGGAAACAGAUCAAGACGAAAAGAAAUAUUUCACUGACAAAAUGACCGUUUGUAUAUAGUUACUCAGUGCAUUACUUGAAUUGCAAAAAGAAAACUUUGCUUUUCUGGCACGCCUUCACAGUGAAAGAGGAAUUCAAUUAUUAAUGAACUGAAGUAAUCAGGGUCUGCAAAGACAACAGCAAAACUAUAUCAAAACCUACUUUUAUACGUUGUAUAAUCCAAGUCUGGUUUAUCUGGUCUUAUUAUCAGUACUUCCCAAACAGAUGUGUUAUUGCCAAAAUGUUACAAUAAGGUUUCCAGAGCUUAAGGCAAGUUAGAUUUAAGACCUUUUAAGGAUCCUUGGGAACCCUGGCCAAUAUAAAACACUUCUGCCUAUAGGUAGCACUCCCUGAGCGUAUCUGGGUACGAUCCUACCUUUAAACUGAGUUCAAAUGCAUGUGCCUGCCCAGGCAUUGUCUGUGUGGUAGACGCUUUGUUCUGACAUGUUUUUAAUCAUAAUAUUUUAGCAAAAAGCAUGUGUUUGGGAAGUACUGAGCUCUGUCAGCACUCUUGCCGAUGUUUAGUGCUGUUAAUGGACUUUAUGGACAACUCAUACACUCUGAAUGUCUGAAAGAACCACUUUAAGAUUGUCCGCUCAUGGGCCCUUGUAUAAUUUUGAUUAGAUUUUUGAUGUUUAUGGUAAGUAAACAACUGCUGUGUUUAAGUAAUUUUCUCAUACAACCUAUCAUGAGAGAGCUACCCUCUUUGCGGUUCAAUGGAUGCCAACCAUUUCAAGUUACAACCACCAUGACAGGUUCAAUAAACGCGUUUGCCAGACAACCACAGUUAUAACUCACCUAUUAUGCCUUAUCAUAAUCCUCGGUCCUCAUAAAGUUGUCAUACACUCCCAAAGGUCCAGAUGAUCUAAAACCAGUUUUAUUACAUUAUUGCAUCGAAAGAUACCCACAGGCUGCUGAUGCAUAAUUGCACAUGUCCAUAGUUCUCUUCUUACUGUAUGCAAAAAAAUCCACUUUGCAUAUAAAUUUGCAGAAAACAUCCAUAUGAAAAAGGUGGCUGAAGUCUGACCUUUUGAUUGACACCUCACGUAAGCCAAUAGGGGCUUCCAUGUUGUCUCAACAGCCAACAAUAGCCAAUGAGAGCCCGUGUUAACAAGAAGGGCCUUCCUCAGUUCUCAGGUUAGCAGCUGUCUUGCUGACUUAUGGGUCUUGUAAUCAGUGACACUCCUAACCUCCAGAGGAGUGUUGAACUCAUUACUGGCAUUAUAGACUGUCAUAAAUGUUCAUAAAUGAUUGACAAGUUGCUCCUUUGUUGUCUUAAGGGAAAAAACCAGCCUCUUAUCACUUUUCUAGAAGUGUUUCCCCCCCAGUAAACUUGUAAAUUUCUGUCUGUAUUUGUUUUUCACUCAAAAUAACACAGUGAGUAACCAAGCCUUGUCUUAACCUCAUUUUUGGAGAGUGCCUAGACAAAACCUUAAACAUGUUAAAUGUUUAUUGUUUGUGAUAAUAUUGUCUACAUUGAAUUUGGACUAUUCUAGGCUUCAUGCUUUGGUCCCAUCAUGUUUUCCAGCGUAUAAGUACCAGUUCUAGUCAUCCGCAUCAUCUUUUUUCAAGAAAAUAUUAAGGUGAAAAUAAAGAAAAAUCAUCUCAGUGUGUUGAAGCAUCUAUAACUCACUGACAGAAGCACUCAGUGAUUCUGACUUCAGUGUGUUACCUUGUAAAUUAGCCCAAGUGGAGAAAAUUAUAGAAGUAGACAUAAGAGAUGUAAACACCAAGUAUCUAAGAAUGUAAAAAUAUAAUAUGUGCAUUAUACUACAGUGUUGACACUAGAAUAUAAAACAUUUGAAAAAUAAAAUCUGUAUAAUGUGUGCUGAGUAUGUAAAUUGUGUAAAAUAUGUGCCUUAUGCUAUAUUACAAUAUAUGUAACUAGUAUGCAAGUUUAGAAACAUGAAAACGUGUUUAAUGCUACAAUGAACAACACGAUAUACACAUGAUUAGAAAAGAGAAAAAGAAAUAGUGUGUGUGCAAUAAAUUAUACAUACAUUCAUGUAUGUAGGUAUACAAAAAAUGGAACAGGAACAGCUUUCUUGGGUAUGCCUUGGAUAUGUGUUUUAGGUGAAUUUUUGUCCUUUAAAUCCUCCAAGUGUCCUUUCUCUCACUGGGGAAAAUGAUAACUGCAAUGUUUAACACUGUUUUUUUUUUAGUUUUUGUUAUUGGGAGUGCUGUACGUGUUUAUGUGCAUGUAUGAGAGUGUGAGGAAUGUGCAGGGGAGGAGAUAGAAGUAAAUAAGUAAAUUAUUAACAAUAAUAAUGUUGAUAAAUAACUAAAAUAACCCUUCUUCUAAUGCCAUGUCUAUUUACUGGACUGAAACUGUAUGCUUAGCGUGGCAGUGGACAUUUAGAGUGCCCGUUAUUGACAUCAAUAAACUGGGUGGCUUUUAUCCAUUUCAUUAUUUUAAUAACAUAAUAGUUAAAAUUCAGGCUAUGCAUAACUAUGUGAAAGAACAGUGAUCUUAUGUUUGUGCCAUUUGUUAUUUUACAAAAUCCUGAUUGACCUUAUAGAGUGUGAAGUUGAUGCAUUGCAAAUUUUGCACGUGCAAACUUUGACACAGUGUUCUAACACAAUUUGCCUCUUUUUAAAGACAGCUGUUGUGUCUCUGUGUUGUGAUACCAAUGCAGGACAAAGCAGGAGUAUUAUACUCACAUUUUUCAGAUCAAAAGCACUAGAGUAGAUGAAUGAGUGGCGUCUUAGUUUAAUGAAUAAAAGCAAAGAAUAAAGCAGUCAAAGAAUGCGCCUUCUUUAUGAGUCUAAAGAGGCUUAGAGCAGAAGAAGCUGCCGAUAAUGGAAGUCUUGAAAUAUAAUGUAAAGUGCUCUUAGUUUCUUUGAAUGUCACGGUGAAUAAAGCAGCUAUCUCACAUCUCACGAAAACAGGAAUGCGGACUGAAGUUUUGACUCAGGGUACAGCUUGUCAGGCUGGGUAACUUUACUUCCCUAUGUACACUAAAGUGGUAGCUGCUUGGCUGACUUCAGAUGGUCAGAUGUUGGGAAUAAAUGUUAUUGACUCAAAGCAUCUAGGACUGAUGUGUCUUUUUAAAGAAUUUGUCAUAUUUAAAUUAAAGCAGAGUAGGAGGAAAAUGUUUGUUGUCUUAAAAUACAGACUCAUGAUUGCUGCCAUGUAUUAGUAAGUGAAGUUUAAUGUUUCUUAUAUUUUGUUGUGAAAUAUUUUAUUAAAGAAUAAGUCUCUCA